UGGACGGCAGCGCGACCUCCCACGAUCCAGUUCUCACUCGACAAUUCACCCUGCUACAUGACCAAGCUCGUCUGGAUACGAGAGCGUGCAAUUUCACGAUGACGACGCCGUGCUUACCGUGAGGCCUCGUCAAGUGGGCAGAGCCAAGCUCGCUAAGCCUUAUUUGCCAAGAAUCUGACAUUGUCACUCCCUCUCGCUCGUCCUUUUUCACGGGGCUGCGUGAAGUUUGAACCAUUCUUUUUCUUCUUAUUUUUCUUCCUCUACUCGACGUUGAAUCACUCUUUAAUCUUGGUACCUCUCCUCGCGCAGCCCUGCCUGCAUCACCGCCAGCCAUGGAAACCCCAGGUCAAUGUAAAGGCUCACCAACGUUCAACCUCGCCGUCACAGACUCGGCCUUUUCAGAAUGGCCCGACAACCUUCCGGGUCUCGUCUGCAAGACGCCUCCCAUGGGCUACUACCACGCCGCGCGCUUCGCAGAGUGCUGCUCGGGCACCGUCUACAACAUCACGACGCCCACCUCGCCCGACGACCCAGCCUACCCAGUCACAUGUGCGCUGCUCUGUCAGGUGGACCCGAAACUGGAUGAGCACAACGACAGAUAUCCAUACGGAUUCAGUGAGCAUUUUAUGUGCCUCGCCGACGGCCGCGUCGGCUUGUCAGAGGAGGAGAGCAAUCCCAGAGGCGCGCCAGGCGGCGAAGUCGUGUGCGCGACGUUGACGGUGCCUGGUGUCGAGAUGCCCACGAGCUAUCCCAACAGCUGGACGGGGGACUGGCAGACGAGAAGCUACUACAGACAGGACGCGGGUUACUUGUCAUGGACAUGGGUCGACAAUGGGGAAAGCAUCCCAACGAGCAGUUCGGCGUCAGGGGAAAAGACGCCAAUAUCAUCCACUUCCGCUUCCACCGCUACCAGUACACCUGCAACCACAUCAGAAGGCACAUAUACUGAGCAGUCACAAAGUACACCAACGAUAGAAACGACGCUCUCCUCACCGACUGGGGACCGUGUGCAAGAGACUCCUGCAACGACGGAAACGGCUGGCGAGACCCAAGCGGAGACGACAGGCGAUGACUCGGAUGAUGGGAUGAGAAUGCAUUUCACGACCGGCGCGGUUCUUACUCUCGCGCUCCUGGCGACAAUGUUCAUAGCGUGAUGAGGUUGAAUCAUCGAACCACUGUACAAAUGUAACAAUCAUGUAUAUAGCACACACACUGGACGUGCAACAAUCGAAUUGGCGGCUGUCAUGGCCCUAUCCAAGGUCAGGCCUGGCGAAGCAACCACGCAGUAGGAUGCACAUAGAUUCUGUGUUGGCUGGACCUGCAUCACCAGCCCCCUCACUGCCACUUCUCUUCUCCAUCCCACCACGCAUCAGACGACAGCAAGCCAAACGCCAAGCAUGUCCCGCUACGUCCUCACGUUCUUCACCCCGCCCCCCUCGCUCGCCGUCAUCAAGCGCGCCCUCUUCGCCACAGGCGCGGGCCAGUACCCCAACUACGCCGACUGCUGCUUCGUCUCGCCCGGCACCGGCUCGUUCCGUCCCACGCAGGGCGCCCACCCGACGAUAGGCACCGUCGGCACCGUGGAGCAGGUAGACGAGCUCAGGGUCGAGGUGGUCUGCAAGGGCGAAGUCAUCAAGGCCGCG